AUGUACAAGACUCGAGUUGGAGCAUGUGUUGAUGGAGCUAAGGCACAGCUUGGAUAUGUGGAGACCGACCCUUCUGGUCGCUAUGGACGUUUGAGAGAAGUUCUUGGCAAAGGAGCCAUGAAAACUGUGUAUAGAGCAUUUGAUGAGGUUCUUGGAAUAGAGGUGGCGUGGAAUCAAGUGAAGCUUCUCGACCUCUUUCGUUCGCCAGAAGAGUUGCAGCGGUUAUACUCAGAAGUUCACCUCCUUAAGAACCUCAAUCAUGAUUCCAUCAUCAAAUUCUCCACAUCUUGGAUUGAUAUUGAUAGAAAAACCUUCAACUUCAUCACUGAAAUGUUUACCUCAGGCACCCUAAGAGAGUAUAGACAAAAGUACCAGCGAGUAGAUAUUCGAGCAAUCAAGAACUGGGCGCGCCAAAUCCUGCAUGGUCUUGCUUAUUUGCAUGGCCACGAUCCUCCUGUGAUACAUAGAGAUCUCAAGUGUGACAACAUCUUUGUCAAUGGACAUCUUGGGCAAGUCAAAAUAGGAGAUCUAGGCUUAGCUGCUAUUCUUCGUGGCUCGCAACAUGCCCACAGUGUCAUAGGUACACCUGAAUUUAUGGCACCAGAAUUAUAUGAAGAGGAUUAUGAUGAGCUGGUUGACAUAUAUUCCUUUGGCAUGUGUGUCUUGGAGAUGCUCACUUCCGAGUAUCCGUAUAGUGAGUGCUCCAAUCCUGCUCAAAUAUACAAGAAAGUCACUUCGGGAAAGUUGCCAGAGGCAUUCUAUCGGAUCGAAGAUGUCGAAGCGCGAGAGUUUAUAGGGAAAUGUUUGGUGACUGCUUCAAAGAGGUUGCCAGCUCGAGAACUUUUAUUGGACCCAUUUCUAGCAUCUGAUGAAGCAGAAUUUUUAACUGUCCCAAAAGUCUCCAGUCGAGGGUCAAGUCCUCAUGAAGAAGAGAAGAUCAUGCCAUCUCUGUUGGCUGAUCCAACUAAGGCCACAGAGAUGACGAUCACAGGGACAAUGAAUCCGCAAGAUGAUACGAUUUUUCUCAAAGUGCAGAUUUCUGAUAUGGAUGGUCACACCAGGAACAUAUACUUUCCUUUUGAUAUCAUGAAUGACACUGCAAUUGAUGUUGCAAUGGAGAUGGUGAAAGAACUGGAGAUCAGUGAUUGGGAACCCUUUGAAAUUGCUGAUAUGAUAGAGGAGCAGAUAUCGUCUUUGAUUCCCAGUUGGAAAGAAUGCAGCCUUCCCCAAAUGAAUCAUCCACAGCACAGCUUUACCUAUGAAGACGAUGAUGGACCGCACCAUCCUUUCUAUGCUAAUUCUUCCCAUUCCUCUUCACAGGCUUCUCUUUUGGCUUUCAACUCUUCUUUUCAGACCAAACCUUUCCAAGCAGGAAGAAACAUGACUUCUGGUCAUGACUGGUGUGAAGGAGAGCUGUUUAUCGAUGAUGAUGCAAGUUCUCAAAGUUCUUCGUACUCUUUCAAGUACCCCACCUUGAAUUACUGCUCAGAAAAUGAAGAUGAUUAUGAUACCACUCUAAGAGGAGAAGAACCAUUAGGCUUUGGAAAGACACAAAAAUCGACAAGAUUCUGUCCCAAAGAUAGCUUGAGUACUGCAAACCAAUAUAAACAGCAAAAUGCACGAUUGGAUUCAUGGGGAUGUGGUAGCUCAAAUCCACAGCGGAAGCUAAGCAGGAUUCGUUCCCAAGUCGAUAUGCGCAGCCAGUUGUUGCAUCGGUCGCUACUGGAGGAGAUAAACAAGAGACGCUUGUUCAAGACAGUAGCAGCAGUUGAAAAUAUUGGAUAUCAUGAGCCUGGUCUUCAAGAUGAUGAUGAAAUGAAGAGAUUUAAAUGGUGA